GGCGACGGCGGCGCCGGAGGAGGAGGGGGAAGAGCGGCUGGCGGCCGCGAGAGCAGCGGCGGCGAGAGGCGAGCCUGCCGGCGCCGAUUCUCAUGGAGAACUGUUAUUGAGGAGAGAUCCAUUUGCUGGGAUGUAACUAAAAAAGGAAUGAAUCAAGAUAAAACCUCUAAAUGCAAGCACCAGAAAAAUUACAACACAUCUUGGUGAAUUUGCAAGUGGAUCGUCUUUCCUUGUGGGUUGGCACGCAGUUGUAGGACUGCAAAAUGGGUCUCCGGAUUCACUUUGUUGUUGACCCACAUGGUUGGUGCUGCAUGGGUUUGAUUGUCUUUGUCUGGUUAUACAAUAUUGUUUUAAUUCCCAAAAUUGUCCUCUUUCCUCACUAUGAAGAAGGACAUAUUCCAGGCAUAUUAAUAAUAAUAUUCUAUGGCAUUGCCAUAUUUUGUCUGGUUGCUUUAGUGAGGGCCUCAUUUACUGAUCCAGGAAGACUCCCCGAGAACCCUAAGAUUCCACACGGAGAACGGGAGUUCUGGGAAUUAUGUAACAAAUGUAAUUUGAUGAGACCAAAGCGUUCCCAUCACUGUAGCCGCUGCGGCCACUGUGUUAGGAGAAUGGAUCAUCACUGUCCGUGGAUUAACAAUUGUGUGGGUGAAGAUAAUCAUUGGCUUUUUCUGCAGUUGUGUUUCUACACGGAACUUCUUACUUCCUACGCGCUGAUGUUUUCUUUCUGCCAUUAUUAUUACUUUCUUCCAGUAAAAAAGCGUAACUUGGACCUCUUUGUUGUUAGACAUGAAUUGGCCAUAAUGAGACUAGCUGCCUUUAUGGGCAUUACUAUGUUAGUUGGAAUAACUGGACUUUUUUAUACUCAACUAAUUGGCAUCAUCACAGAUACAACGUCUAUUGAAAAGAUGUCAAACUGUUGUGAAGAAAUAUCGAGGCCCCGAAAGCCAUGGCAGCAGACCUUCUCAGAAGUUUUUGGCACUCGUUGGAAGAUCCUGUGGUUUAUUCCUUUCAGGCAGAGGCAACCACUGCGAGUUCCCUACCACUUUGCCAAUCACGUCUAAACAGAUGGAUGGUGGGCACAGAUGGGUCCUCCAUGCUGGAAGAGUAAGUGAAAACUAACAAGAACUCUCCUUUUAUUUCUAUAAAUGAGCUAUAUAGCUUAUGGAGCCCUUUUAAGGAAUGCUGAAACAAAAUGCUAAAAUGAAAAGUUAAGGGUCCCUUCUGAUUAUAAGUGAAGAAUCCUGCGUCUGUGUAUGUGUGAGGAUGGGGGGUAUGUAACCCUUAGUAGCACUAACCAAUGAUGUUGCCAUUUGUCUCUUUUGCAAAUAAAGAUAAAACUAAAGAACACCUUUAAAAAUAUAUAUGUGUACACACACACACACUUUCCCAAGAGGAAAUGCACAUGUACCUUGAUUUAAGUAAAACUACUAAUAGAAAAUUGAACUUCACCAAAACACACACACAAAAGAAGUCUGGAUGUUGUUACUCACUUUACAUAAAAAGUUAGAGUAAGAUUAUUUUAAAAGCUAAUUCUGCUUAGUGGUUCAUUUUACAAAAAAAAAAAAAAAAAAAGGGAGAAAAUACCCUUUAGAAAUACUUGUAAUUGUCCCAAUGUCCUCCUGCUGUGUACACUAGUCUGGUUCCUUAUUUUUUCCCACAAAUUUUCAAGAGACUACCUUAGGGUCUUAAAACUGCAACUGAAAUGGUUAAAAUUUCUGGCAAGAAGAUAACUGUUCAUGUACUGGAAAAGUGGACGAUCACAUUUGAGGAUGUUUUGCAUUGUUUUCAAUCAACUGAAAAUGUCUCCUUGAAUGUAGAUACACGAUAUGGUUUUGCAGUGAUUUCUGAAUGGAAAAAAAGGAUCAAGUCUGUAACUUAACUGAAAUAUGACUUAGGAUCAUUUGAAUUAUAUAUAGAAAUACGUAUGUACGUGCCGUUACAGGUAAAAGGGAAAUUUGUAAGCAAAAUGGAAAGAAGCAGCAGUAUGUCUCUCUCUUAUUGUCAACAAUAUAUUUCCUAGAUUCUGUUGCUACACUAUUGGUUCUGAGUCUUUUGGCUUGUUUAUGUAUUAUUUAAAUUAAUGCGGCUGAGUGCAGUUACUUGUUCAAGUUAUUGGUAGUGGAUAGUUUACCACUAUCUGUUGUCCUCCAGAGGUGAAUAUUAAAAAGAAGUUCUACUUUAGCAUAGGUAGGAUGAAGCAAAUAAGAUGACAUGAUGGAGAGAAUUUCCUCCACAAUCAGAGAUACUCAGACAAGUGAGUUGCAAGUCUAACAUGGUGGGGACGAUGGAGUAGGGGGCAGUGGGGUAGGCUUUGGGAGACCUGAGCACAGAUGACCAUGUUUGUAUGGGCUGUGUGUCCCCAGAGUAGGCUUUUUAAAAAAUCUGACUGGCAAGAUUGAUGAAUGGGCAAAAUCUGUAAUAUCUGGGGACUCAUGUCAACCUCUAAUUGUGUCUAAUGUUCUAUCCCUAAAAUAAAAGACUUUUAAUAGUGGUGUGUUCCAAGUGCCAUAUAAAGAUCCUGUUUUUAAAUAGGUCAGGUAUUUUUCCAUUCAGUGCAUAUGUUUAAAGCUGAGGGCUGUUCUGCUGCAUUGUCUGUUUUAUCUUGUCUGGUCCCUCAAGAGCAUUUAAAGAAAAUCUUCACUAACAUUUCUAGUGCUAAUGGUAAAAAGGAAAAUAAUAGUUGAGAGAUAUGAGACUAGAUUGGAAAGAGGGAGGAAGAUGACAAGCAGGAGCCAUGUAUCUGAGAUAUACUUGUUUAAAUGAAAAGUCUACACUGGUUCUUAAAAUGAAAAACCAUGUAUCUACCUUAACAAUUUUUUUUAAAAUAUAUUUUAGUGAUUUAAUUUUUAUUCAUGUAAUAUUUCUGUUUUUCUUUGCAGAUUGUUUUUAAUUUAAAUUGUGGGAUUUUUACUUCUCUUGAAAUGUAUUAUGUACUGUAUUUUUAGAAAUCUUAUUUUGAA